UUGCAAAAAAUGGUUCAUACAAAUGAAGAUAUCAAAUAUUAGGACGUGAAUCGAAAGGUUGAGACGGUUGAGAGGAGGACAAAAUAGGGGAGGUUUUAAAUAAAAGGCGGAAUAGAAAGACGACAAUGAAGAGGAGGAAGGAUGGAUGAAAAGGUUAGGAGCUAGAAGAAGGAACCGAAGAGAAGGGAAGGAAAUGACCUGAGGCGUGAAGAAGAAAAACAGAAGGAGGAGGAAAGAAAACAUGAUGAUGAUUUCCUCCUUCUCUCCCUCCUCUUCUCAUUUAUUCAUAAACGCUUCCUCUGUUAAAGCAGCGAGGAGGAGAGCGAGGGAGCGAAGUCAGCGGCAGCCGCCUCCUACCAUGGGAUUCUGUUUUACCUGAAUAGGUGCUGACGCUCGUUUGCCAAAAGCUUUAGAAACAGAAACCAUGGAAACAUCCCCAAAUGUUUCUAAACGCAGCAAGGAUGUCCAAUCAGAAAGCCCGAUUCCAGAAGAGGAGGAGCUGGAAAACACCUUCGGCGACCCAGAUCCCAAUGCCAACUGGGGGCCGGAGCCUAACUUCAACCUGAACCUCAUGCUGUCCUCCCCGAGACAACCCCGACCAUCCGCUGAGACACUGGGGCCGCAUAGACGGGGCAAAAAGGAUGAGGGGAAUAAAGUAGACGGGGCCGAGGGAUGGGCCACCACAGAAAAGGGUGUCCUGUCGACCCCCGUGACGUCACCAGGGGAAAGAGACGAUCCGUGGAGACCGAAAGGCAAAGCUUCGGCUGUGUCUCUGAAAUCCCUGAACCCCAAAAAGGCUUCUACACUUGGCCUCAAGGCGAGUCCAAAACCCCCCCAGGGGGAACAAACCACCGUCGCCAUGAUGACGGAAAGAGCGAAACCACAAGUACAGAGGACGGAAAAUGCUGGUGUUGCAAACCAUAAACCAUCAAACUCCAAACCACAUGUGUCACCGACGGCAAAGACCGCCGGAAAAAUAACGGUCAGAAAAGAAAUUUCCCUCGAGACAAACUUGCCGAAAACUCUCCGCCCACCCGUGACCCUGAAAGUCCACGACCUGAAACCGGCCAAUCGAACCUCAGCAUUGACAACCAAACCCCCAAAUCAAGCCUCAGGAAGCACCAGACGUGAGUCAAGGAGUCCUGGUUCUGAGACGCCGAAUCGGAAGGCUGAACCAGCGCUGCUCGGCAUGAAGACCCCUCGAACAAGUUCCUUCAGUCCCAAACCACCCAACCAGGAAAAAGUCUCAGGGACCAGGAACCGUAACACAUCAGGGUCCAAGGAGAACCUCCAUGGUAAGGAUUCAAGUGCUAGUUUUGGAUCCAAUUCCAAAUCUAGUUCAAAUUCCAAAGCCUCGGACAGUCUGGAUUCUGGAAAUAGUUCUAACUGUAAAAAGGGGUCCAAAGAUGGUCUGGAUUCAAAAAGCGGUUCGGCUUGCAAAAGCAACUGGGCCUCGAAGGACAGCUUAGACUCCAAAACCGGGUUCACUUCCAAGGCUGGUGCCAAGUUAAAGUUUGGUUUAUGUUCCGGAGAUGGCCUCGGAUCUAAAACCCCAACUCAGUGCAAACCAGAUAAAACCAGUCAGGAUCUUGACACAGCUGUUGGUCCUAAAGACCCUAAAACUUCAUCAGAUACUAAAUACAUUAUUAAAACCACUGCAAGUGUUAAACCUUCUGAGUUAAACCUCAUCUGUGACUCUACGGUCAUGUCCAGUUGCAAACCCAUUUCAAAUUCUAAACUUUCUCUGCUGACCUCUGGCUCUAACGUGGAGCCGUUUGGGUCCGUAUUCCCAUCCGCCCCUAGAACUGGUCUACUGGGUUCCAAAGACAACAACUUAAAGGUCAGCUUUGGCGCAAAACUCAGGCCAGACCCUAAAGCUUCUAGGUCUGGACCGGAUCCUUUGUGUUCACAGUCGGCUCUGGCACAUUUGUCUCCCUCCUCGGCGUUGUCUCCUCAACCGAGUCAGGGGUCUGGUGCUGGCAAAACUCUGGGUUCUGGUCCGGUCGUACAGCACAGGGAGGUUGCGAGGAUUCCUGGUUCCACUACAGGUUCUGGUGUGACCUCAGGCCUGCCGGCUCCUCGUGCCGCCCCCAGCCCCAAAACCAAGACCACCUUUGCUGUGACAAUGACGAGCAGAUCCACGGCAGAGCCCGCUGCUGGCGUGUCUGUUGCCGGGGAAACAAACAGCAAGACUCCCCGUAAAAAUACCAGUCUGACUUGGGGUUCUGACGGUGACUUUAACACCGAGAGGUCGAUGAAAACAGCUGUUACCGAUGAGAAAGAACACUUAAAAAAGCCGGCAAGCAAAGUGACAGCUGCCGGAGGGCCGGCGGUAUCCCAGGGGGGCGGGCAAGGGAGGGCUGGGACUGACGACACAAGGUGGCUGCUAGGAGACAAGAGGACACCAGGCGCCCCACAGAUUUCGCCGAGCCACCUGGGAGACGCAAAUGCCGCCGACGGUGGCAUAGUCCUAUCGUCGAGGGCAACGGGUGCGAAGAGCGUGAAGGAAGAGAAGAAGAAGAAGCUGCAGCACAGGGGUAAACAGGAAGGCGGGGGAGGGCGUUCUUCUCUCCUCCGUCCCAGCUCCAGGGCGGUGAGGGAGACGGCGACCAUGACCGGAGUGCAGCGGAGAGAUUUCGGCGUCCAAGUGGAGCCCGGGGGGCUGGAGUGCCGAAGUCCUUCCUCCUCCCCGAUGGGCUCGCCGACCCGUCAGUCAUCGACCUCCCCCCUCCAGCACGUCUGCAAGAUCGACAUUGAGCUUUGCCGGCCAUCGCUGUUUCCUUCGGCCGCCGCCCUCACGCCAGAGCGGCGACCCGGACGAGACACCACCGCCAAGGAAGAGGAGGAACACGCAGCCAGGGAGGAAGAGGACGGAGAGAACGCAGCGAGGCCGCAGGAGGUGGCGUGGGACAAGCAGGGCCGGACGUGGGAGGUGUACGGCGCAGCGGUGGACAUGGAGUCCCUCGGCACGGCCAUCCAGUCCCACCUGGAGUCCAAGAUCCGGGAGCAGCAGAAGCACAUCCGGACCCUGAGGAUGUCCAUCUGCUCGGCCGGCAGCCCCAGGGAGCAAAGCGAGAAGAAGUGUCGGACUGACACCGGAAAAAUACACCAGACACACAUUUAUUCACCGUAUGUUGAGUGA